AGUGAAAGCCAACACUCCAUGCAUUGCAGUGAAGACGCAGUGGAGAGACAGGAGUUGUGAGACAUGAGUGAAGUCUAGCGUCGAGACCGCGAGUGAAACCCUUUGAACAGAAAGUGUGCUUUCAUUCAGUCAUCCAUUCAUUCAAUCCAUUCAUUGGACAACAAAUCGGCGUUUCAUUGAAUCAAUAAAUUGUCAUUCAUUUGAUUGAAAUCGUUUGCAAACAUGUUUCAAAUGGGAGGCACUCCGCAGAUACUGGUGUUGAGUGGGAACACGAAGAGAGAGUUUGGCCGCAAAGUACAGAUGGAGAACAUCAGAGCCGCCAAAACCAUCGCCGAUGUGAUCCGCACGUGUCUCGGACCGCGUGCUAUGCUUAAGAUGUUAAUGAAUCCAAUGGGAAGUAUUGUAAUGACCAACGAUGGCAACGCAAUCCUCAGAGAGAUAACAGUGAAACAUCCGGCGGCGAAGACUAUGAUUGAGAUCAGUCGCACGCAAGACGAAGAAGUGGGCGACGGAACCACAACUGUGAUCAUACUUACCGGAGAGCUGUUAUCAGUGGCGCAACCAUUUCUCGAGCAAAGCAUUCAUCCGACAGUUAUUAUUAGCUCAUAUCGACAGGCGUUAGAAGACAUGUUGAAUGUGUUGAAAGAGAUUGCGGUUCCCAUUAAUACCAAUAACGACAAUGAAGUUCUCGAUUUAAUCAAGAGCUGUAUCGGCACUAAGAUUUUUGGCAAAUUGGGUGAGUUUGCGUGCAAUUUGGCGCUCAAUGCGGUUAAGACAGUGACUAUUGAAGAGAACGGCAGGAAAGAGAUUGACAUCAAAAAGUACGCCAAAGUAGAGAAAGUUCCCGGCGGUUCCGUCGAAGAGUCCGCUGUUUUGUCAGGAAUUAUGCUGAAUAAAGAUGUGGUCCACCCGAAGAUGAAAAGACGCAUUGAAAACCCGAGAAUUUUGUUACUCGACUGCGGUUUGGAGUACAAGAAAGGCGAGAGUCAGACCGACAUCGAGAUCAUGCAAGAAACAGAUUUCACUCGUUUGCUGCAAAUCGAAGAGGAGUUCAUUGAGAAGAUGUGCUCUGAAAUAAUUAAAAUGAAACCCGAUUUAGUGGUCACUGAAAAAGGAGUGUCAGAUUUGGCGCAACACUAUUUAGUUAAGGCCGACAUUUCGGUGAUCCGUCGCGUCAAGAAGACGGACAACAAUCGUAUCGCUCGCGCGACCGGCGCUACCAUUGUUUUCAGGACCGAUGAGAUCAGGGAAGAAGACAUUGGACUUCAAUCCGGACUCUUUGAAGUCAAGAAAAUGGGCGACGAGUACUUUUGUUUCAUAACUGAAUGCAAAAACCCGAAGGCCUGUACUAUACUAUUGAGAGGCGCCUCGAAAGACAUGCUCAACGAAUUGGAGCGCAACCUUCAGGACGCGAUGUUUGUCACUCGUAAUAUCUAUAACGAACCGUUCAUUCUGGCCGGCGGUGGAGCCGUUGAGAUGGCUGUUGGAAAGAUUCUGUCAGAAAAGGCUAAAAGUAUUACUGGUGUCCAUCAGUGGCCGUAUAAGGCUGUCCAAAAAGCCUUAGAAGUGAUUCCGAGAACUUUGAUUCAAAAUUGUGGCGGCGAUACCAUUAGAACGUUGACCGCUCUGAGAGCUAAACACGCGACCACUUCUGCGGAUAAUAAGACGUGGGGUAUAAAUGGAGAGACCGGAGAAUUGGCCGAUAUCUCUAAGUUAGGUAUUUGGGAACCACUGUCUGUUAAAUUACAGGCCUAUAAAACGGCGGUUGAGACUGCUAUUCUUCUGCUGCGAAUCGAUGACAUCGUUUCGGGCUCUAAAAAACGCGAAACAAUUGAAAAAGAGAAACAAACCGAACGCAACAGAGCCGCCGAACCCUCCGAAGAAUCACAAAAAGACUGAUUGGAUUGAUUCACUUAAUUAUUUUCAUUUAUUUGGAUUUUGAAUAAACGUUUUUAUUAUACAAUUUAAA